AUGUCCCUAAAAUAUUUUCCCAAGUUCUUAACACCUUGGCUCAUAGCAUUCUGCAUGCUGUGGUACAUCAGACUUAUUGUCCACUGCUAUAGUCACUGGACUUACAAGUCUAAGCCGAUCCCAAUAAAGCCCUCCUACACCGCAGAUGAUGUCACGGUUGUGAUUCCCACGAUCCACGACAACUUGGACGAGCUUCGGCCCUCGCUUGAAAGCAUUCUGGCCACACGGCCGCACCGGCUGAUCAUUGUCACAACCGCCGACAAGUUUAAAGAUCUGCAAGAGGUUAGAGAACGUCUCUCCAGCUCCAAAAUCUGCAUUCUCAGCACUCAGUACGCCAACAAACGUAUCCAGGUGUGCGAGGCCCUACCCAAAAUCACGACCCGCAUCACCGUCAUAGCCGAUGACGACGUCACCUGGCCAUCGACCAUAAUGCCGUGGAUCCUGGCCCCGUUCGAGGACCUGAAAAUUGGAGGCGUUGGCACAUGCCAGCGGGUAAAAAGGGUUAGGGAGGGAGGGUUGGCGCUCAGGGUAUGGAACUGGCUGGGCGCUGCCUACAUUGAGCGACGCAACUUUGAAAUUUCUGCAACACACAACAUGGACGGCGGUACUUCUUGCCUGUCAGGUCGGACUGGCGCCUACCGAUCUGAAAUCCUCCAGGACUACGAAUUCCGAGAAGGAUUCAUGAAGGAGGAGUGGUGUGGUAAGAUCCUCAAGGCCGACGAUGACAACUUUGUGAGCCGUUGGCUCGUUAGUCACCAGUGGAAAACUUGGAUUCAGUACGAGCCGGAAUGCGAGGUUGAAACCACGCUUGAAAACAACACAAAGUUUCUCUACCAAUGUCUAAGGUGGGCCAGGAGCAACUGGCGGAGCAACUGGACGAGCCUAAUUAAAGAGCGUUAUGUUUGGAAACAACAAUGGUGGUGCACAUAUGCGCUACACAUUGCGACCUUCACCUCACUUGCCUUUGCCUUUGACUUCCUCAUAUUGGCAGCUCUGUGGUGGGGAACUGAGUGCUGGAACCCGGUUUAUCGGAAGUUUACCUUUUAUGCGCAGCUCACUUUCCUGGGAUUUUCUAAAGUGGUGAAACUUGUAGGUUUGAUCCGGCGGUGCCCAGCAGACGCCGUUUACGUCCCCGUGUCAAUCCUUUUUGGAUACUUCCAUGGCUUCAUCAAGAUUUAUGCCGGUCUUACUUUGCAUAAGACCUCGUGGGGAAGCCGGGAUGAUGGCAACACUGGCAUACUCCAAGGCCCAGCCCUGUAUUUCAAGGCACAAGCGCAUGGCGACAGCACCGACCCCUAA